CUUGCGUUCUCCAGAGCUCCACACACACACACACCCACACAGAUACACACAUUCCGCAGACGUGUUCUUACAGUAUCAUUCCCUUCAUUAGCAGCAUCCAUGAGCAUGUCGCGCGCACCGAGAUCCUCGUCUUUAGGGCGGGAAGCGCGUUUGGGUCGCUCGUGCAGUCCGGUCCGCUUCGCAACUGGAGGCGCGAUGCAUCCCGGAGAGGAGAAGGAGACGAUGCGCGGGCUGAACGAGCGUCUGGCGGAUUACCUGCGGCAGGUGAGACUGCUGGAGGAAGCGAACAGCAAACUGGAGGCGCAGAUUAAAGAGGUUCUAGCGCAGAGACGCGCAGCCGGACAGAGGGACUGGAGCGGCUAUGAGAAGACUCUGUCCGACCUGAGAGACCAGGUUAAAGAAAUGAUGAUGGAUAAUGCUCGGCUCAUGCUACAGAUCGAUAACACCAGACUGGCUGCUGAUGACUAUAAAGUCAAGCUUGAGGCAGAGAUCACUAUUCACAAGGCAGUCGACCAGGACAUCACAAGCCUCCGGAAGAUGAUCGAUGACACGCACAUGAGCCGCAUGCAGCUGGAGAGCGAGGUGGAGUCUCUGACCGAGGAGCUGAUAUACCUGAAGAAGAGUCACGAAGAGGAUGUGGCCAAUGUGAAAGACCAGAUCAGAGACUCCAGCGUGGAAGUGCAUACAGAGCCAGCAAAGAGCAACGACCUCAUGGAGACCAUCGACAAAAUACGCGAUCAGUAUGAAAAAGCGGCACUAAAAAGCCGUGAAGAGGCCGAGGCCUGGUUCCAAGGCAAGUUUGAAAACAUUUCGGCAGAGGUGAGCAUGAACACUGACGCUCUCCAGCAGGGACAGAGCGAGCUGAACGACCUGCGGAGACAGAAGCAAGGGAUGGAGAUCGAAGUUCAGUCCAUGCAUAGCAUGAAUCACUCUCUGGAAGACACACUGAAUGACAUAUUGGGUCAGUACUCCCAAAAAGUAAACGGUUACAACAAGGUUAUCCAGCAGCUGGAGGCGGAGCUUGCAGAAGUCCGUGCCCAGGUGAAGGGGCAGGGGGCGGAGUAUCAGGCUCUUCUUAACAUCAAGAGCAAACUAGAGGAAGAGAUCGCCACCUAUCACAGUCUUCUGGAAGGCACAUGGAUGCCCUUGACUGAUGUCACCGAUCCUGGGUUCCACGGAAACAGUGGUUUUAAAGGCAUGGGAGAACGAGACGAUGUCAACAUCAAAAAUAUCGGCCAAUCAGAAGAUGUUAAUAUUGGAGGCAACGGUUUGGGUGGAGAUGAUGACAGUGUGGAGUUUUCAUUAGAGCAAGCUCUGAGUGCUGAGCCCAAAUACCUGAUUCCUGAGCCGAUGGCUGAUAACGGGAUUGUGGAAGAAGAGCAAAUCGCACAGAAAGACUUUGAGCUGAACGCUGCCAACACUGCUAUGAACAAGCAAUACGAUCAAAACAAAGGCAGAUAUGGAAAGGAAGAAGACCCGGUCAUCCUAGGUGAAAUCCAGGAGGAAACUGAGAGACCUGGAGAAGACAUUUUGGUAGAGAAGAAAAUUUCAGUGAACCUUGUAGAGGAGGGUGAGGUGGAGAGGGUGGAAGCAGUGAGACUUCAUCACACUCAGGUGGAGAAGGUGGAGGAGGCAAUGAGCCCUCAGGAGGACGCUGACAUGGAGAAGGUGGAGUUGUCAGUGAGUUCUGUGGUGGCUGCUCAAGUGGAGGAAGCAGUGAGCCUUCACGACAAUGCUCAUGUCGAGAAGGUCGAAGAGGCAGCAAGCCCCCAGGAAAACACUGACGUGGAAAAGGUGGAAUCGUCAGUGAGUCCUGUGGUGGCUGCUCAAGUGGAGGAAGCGGUGAGCCUUCACGACAACGCUCAUGUGGAAAAGGUAGAAGAGGCAGCGAACCCUCAAAAGGACACUGACUUGGAGAAGGUGGUGGUGGCAGUGAGCCCUGUGGUGGCUGCUCAGGUAGAGAAAGCAGUAAGCCUUCAGGAGGACACUCAGAUGGAGAAAAUAGAAGGAGCAGUAAACAACACUGAGGUGGAGAAGGGAGUGAAUCCUGUGGUGGACGCUAAGGUGGAGGAAUCAGUGAGGCCUGCGGAGGACUCUCCGGUAGAGGAGACAGUGAUCCUUCAGGAGGACACACAGCCCAAGCAGGAGGUGGUCAAAUCUACUGUGGAAAACAUUAAUGCAGACAAAGAUGAGAAGAAACAGGAAGAGGAGGAGCCUGAGAACCCUGAGGCGGAGGCUUUACAGAAUGUGGAAGAGUGAUGUUUCCACUGCAGUGUUGCCCAACAUGCUCAGUGGUCAAUGUUUUAAAUUACUGCCUUAAUCUCAUGCUUUCUAUGCUUUUCUCUCACUCUGAAGUGUGCAUGUCUGCCUGUUGUCUGUGUUAAACAAUAAAAAAGUGACCCCUGAUGCCUAAAACUUGGUGUGUAUUCUGGGUCUUCUGGGUGUUAUAUAGAUUUGUAAUUAAUGAGACAAGUUCAUUAUUGGAAUAAAAGCUGAUUUAAGACAAUUUUCGAAUAAAUUUAAUAAAAGCUAAGCAGAAACACA